AGCAGGGUACCCUGCAGAGAGAUGCUGACACACUUUGUUCAUAGUUUCCUCAGGUUUUUUAAUAUCCAUAGCCCCUAUAGUUUUGGGGCUAUGAAGCUGGUGAUACCGAUAUAGAUAUAUAGAUAUAGGUUGUAUUGUGUAGUUAUUAUUUUGGUUGUAGCUGCAUAGACUAGGCCUACAAGAUGACGGUCGUAGAUAUUGCAACAAUCUUUCUUGAUUAUAAUAUAUUACGCUUUCCCUUAUUCUGCGUUUUACUGCUGUCAUUGCUUCUUGUGUCUCAGUUAUCAACCGGAGAUGAAAGCGUACAGCGCCAGGGCUGAGCUGGACGAGAGAGGCCGAGGGAGGGAGAGGGGCAGAGACCGAAGGGAGAAGCACCGGGACCAGGAAGACGGAUGUCUCUCCCGACAGACAUCCGCCACAUCGCUGUACUCACAGGGUUCAUCAGAGCAUCACACAGGGAAGCGUAAAUCUGCAAAAGAGAGAGUACUUUCUGAACCCGCUCCAAUGCAGGGAUGGAUGUCCAAGCUGGAGACAGAUGGAAAGUGGAGGAAGCACUGGUUUGUCUUGGAUGAUGUGGCGCUGAAAUACUACAGGGACUUGGAGGCUGAGGAGUCAGACGACCCAGAGGGAGAGAUUGAGCUCAUGACCUGUGUGAAUGUGUCAGACUGUGAAGUGGAGAAAAAUCACGGCUUUCAAAUUCAGACAAAGAGGGCAGUGUUCACUCUGUCCGCCACAACCUCCAGAAUACGGAGGAACUGGGUCAAGCUGCUAAAGCAGGCCAUCCAGCAACACACGCAGUAAGUCGGCCGUUAAAGACAAAAGUGAGCAAGUGCAAGUAUGGUGGGCUCCUGAACACUGAUAUAUACCAAGAGGGUAGAAAAUACUGAUGCAAUUGGGAGUCGUGAUUCUUGCAAAAGCAUUGCAAAAUAUUACUGCAUCCCUGCAUAUAAUAGCAGGUAUACCACUCAGCAUAAAGUAAAAAGGCUGCUGUUGCCGCACUUUUUACCCUCAUAAAAUGUUACUUAUUGCUCUUAGUAACUUUAUAAAAAAUAUUAGCAAAUAAUAUGUACCAGCUAAUAUAAACAUUUUAUGCACUCUUGGAAUACCUUGAGCAUGCUAGAGGGGCAUGUCUUCGAAAAACCAUUUUCUGAAUUCCUGAGCAUGGCCAGAAAGG